UAGCUCUCCGCCAGAGCCCCCAUUGCCACAGUUCCUCUGGACUUUACCCUGAACACGAUCGGGUCGCGGAGAUUUUAACGCAGAAUCAUGGAUAUGAAGCUACUGGCCGUCGUGGCUGCACUGACAGUGGUGAUAUACUCGCCUCCAUCAGAAGCAAAGCCCAUCAGCCUGGUGGAACGAUGCUACUGCCGUGCAACCAUUAACAGCCUCCCGAAAAGUUUUAUCCGAGAGCUCAGAUUCCUCCAUACUCCUAACUGCCCCUUCCAAGUGAUUGCCAAGCUGAAGUCAAACAAGGAGGUGUGUUUGAACCCAGAGAUGCGGUGGCUGAAGAAUUAUCUGAGGAACGCCAUCACCAAGAUGAAGAAAUUCAAGCAGCCCAACUAACAUUUCUGCAAGAGAUUCUCCUGAGUCACUGCAGAGGAUUUUGGCCUUCAUCACAUAUAUAAACAUAAAUCGAAAGAUCUUCUGGUAUGUCAUACAGCACUUAUGUUAGCUGCUCUGCUGCAGCCUUUUUGCAUGGAUUGAAUCUCCCAACUCUUCAUGAGCAGCAGUUCCUGGAAUUAUCUUCUUCAUCACGACUUUUAACAAAUAUCUUUAGUGUAUCUUUAGAGUGUAUGUUUUGCUAAAUACAUUGUAUAUAUUUUUGGACUUUCCAUUUAACAGUAAAGAGAUAUUUUUUAAGAUUCAGUUGUUCCUCUGGCCUGUCUGUCAUUAAAGAACAACAAAAAAAACUGGGCCCUGAGUGUUUAAAGAUGAGGGAUGUAUGUCGCAACAUCUCCUGUGUUUGUCAACCAGGAAAUACAGGUAAUUGUAAACAUGCUUAUCCUGAUGGUUUGUGACGAACGAGCUGCUCCUUAUCCAAAAAUAAAAAACUAAAGAAAAACACAAGCUAAUUGGCUCCAAGGAAUUCCAGUGGGUGCCAGCUACGCCUUGAUUGAACGUAAAAUGUACAUAAUAUCCUAAUAAAAAUUUCAAUUCUGAAUGUUUUUAAUGGAACUUUGGAGACCUAUAAAGAUGGAGCAUUUCCUGAACUCUGACUGCGAUUAUGUAAUUGAUCCAUUUGUAAUUUUUUCUUAACUCAUGGCAAAUAAAAAGACAAAACAACAAAACAAAGCAAAAAAAACAUCUGGUUUCCAAAAAGUUUUAAUUGAGCAGCCUAUAAAUUAAAAUGUACUGGAACUAUAAAGUUGAAUCAGUUAACAAGAAGCCUGGAGAACAAAUCACAGUGAUCCCUGGUCACAUCUGGGAGCCUUUGUAUUUCCGUUUGGUUUGUGUUAAACAAUGAUGCAUAACAGUUUGGCAGCAGUUUCUCCACUGGCAAUUAACACAGAGAGAAACACUGCGAGCUGUACAGAAAGCAGUACUAAAAUGUACAUGAAUGUGACUAUCUAUAACCGCCACGCAUGUAGCGAUGCACUUUAAAUGUGACGUAUUCCUGUGUUGACAGAAAACUUUUCUAACCAUGCCUAUUUACGUCUGUCUUUUUUUUAGUUUAUAUUCUUUCUAUUUUGGUCACUGAAUGUUUAGCUGCAGCAAACGUUAAAUUUGGGAGAUGCAUCCAUGUAUUCAUUUAAUUGUCCUGCUCAUAUGUAAUAUUAAUGAUAUACAAAUGUUUUAUUUUUGUACUCUUACACGUUUAAACAUUUAAAAUGAAGGACUUGUACUCUCACAACUGAGCCAUGCAGCUUUUUUAUAUCGUGAAACUUGUAUACAUCUGUUGAGUAAAAAAAAAAAAGAGAAAAUCUUU